AACGCCGCUCCUUCUUGACUCGCACUUGGAAAGAUGAGUGUGUGUGUGGACGCGGUUGGAUGCUGCAUCUUGCAAAGCGGCGGGCUGCAGUUUAUUUAGGGGGACGGCGAGUCUAAAGGUUUGGUUCAACGACCGGUUCAUUUGUUUCAGGCGGGGUGGCGGGGCAUCGGAUUGAGAAACACAGUGCGAUCGGAGCAACUUCCUCUCGUAUGAAGUGGCUGCGUGCAAGAAGGCUGGAGCUGUGGGCUUUUGAGCAUUUUGCAAACAGCGGUCUGGCGCGUCUCAGCUCAUGAGGAUAUACAUACAUAUAUAUACACAUGUGUGUCAUCUGAUGUUCGAAGGCUUUGGGAGCCGCUGUUCGUUCACUUUGAUGGUUCUGUUAGAUUCCAAACAGUGCAACAGAAAGGAAGGGAAAUUUCAGCAGAGACUGACUGACUAACUCCUCUUGUCGCUUUGCUUGAGCGCCGUGUGGGCAUUUGUGGCGAUGCCGCUGUGGGCUCCAGCGCUCUGUAUCGCGUCCCUGGCUGUGCUGGCUCUGUUGGCCCGGCGAUGGCUCGCUCGGUAUUUUCAGGACGGGUCGGACAGCGACCAUGCCCCGCGGCUGAUCUGCAAACCGUCGGCGCUGGCCAAAUACCUGCUCAAAACGUGCCUGGCCGUGAGAGCGGGGUCCCAGCCCCUCUGGCUGUGGAGCAGGUUGCCUCACCUGCAGACGGUGUGGAGUGGGGUGUGGACAGCGGGCGCGGCCGUACACUUCACCCGGGAUUACCUGCAGUUGGCGGACGAGGGUCUGGUGGCGCUGGACUGGGCAGUGGCGGCGGCCGGCACCAGGAGGCGAUCUUCCAGCAAUUCCCCAGCGCCCAUCGUUCUCGUCAUCCCCAACUCCUUCGGCAAGAUCACCAGCAAUGUCAUCAAGCUUUGUGCCUCAGCCCUGGAUUGUGGCCAUCGCCCAGUAAUAUUUAAUAGAAGAUGCCAGAAUGGAUGCCUUUUGACGACACUGAAGCUGCAGCAGUUUGGUGAUCCAUCUGAUCUCAGAGAAGCAGUCAGAUACAUUCGAUACAAACAUCCAAAUGCCAGGCUCUUCACUGUAAGCGAGAGCACAGGUGCUGGGCUGUUGCUCUCCUACCUUGGCGAGUGUGGGUCCUCCAGCUAUGUGACAUGUGCUGCCUGCAUCUCACCCAUCUUCAGAUGCCAGGAGUGGUUUGAGAAAGGAUCGCCCUGGCUUUAUCAUUGGCUUCUGCUCCUUUAUCAAAAAACUUGGCUGAGCAGGUACACCACUGCACUGGGAGAGAUCAUUGACAUGGAGAAGUUGUUUGCUACACAGACGCUGAAGGAGCUUGAGGAGGCGCUGUUCUGCCAAACGAAGAAGAGCAACUUGACGUGGGACGCGUACUGGGAGAAGAACGAC